GGAGAGAGAGAGCGAGAGAGAGAGAGAGAGAGCGAGAGAGCGAGAGAGCGAGCUGUGAGCUGUGCUGCCGCCGUCGCUGCCCUUUGAUCCCGACAUUAGUGUUAGGGGCUCGGAGACACAGAGCGCGGCCAUAGACACCGACGCACCGGCACUCAUUUAUUUAUACCUCCCAUCACACACGCGAGCAUAGGACACACACACACUCACACCUAUUAGAUCCGUUUCCAUUGAAGAAUAUUACGCUCGGGGACAAGCCAGGUGCACGACCAAAAAAUUUAAAAAAAAAAAAAAGGAAAAAAAAAAAGAAAGGAAAGAAAAGAAGAAAACCCCUCUUCUGGCUCCAGGAAACAAGCUUCAACCCAUUGCACACACCGGAGAGAAGGGGUUUCCCCCUGCCCGCCCGCGCGCCCCCCAACUACCUCCCCGCUCCUGCCAGUGUCUGCCUCUCUGCCCCCACGGGGGUUUAUUUGAUCUCACAUUAACCAAGGAGGAGAAUGUGAGAAAAGGGGGAAAAUGCCCAGGAGGAAGCAGGAGCAGCCCAAGCGCCUUCCCUCACAUAUUAGUAGGCAGGACGAGGCGGAGGGAGAACUCAGUGAAGGAGAACACUGGUAUGGGAACUCUUCAGAGACGCCGUCAGAAGCAUCCUAUGGAGAAGUCCAGGAGAACUAUAAGCUGUCCCUGGAGGACCGGAUCCAGGAGCAGUCCACUUCCCCCGACACCUCCUUGGGAAGCGGAACCCCCAGCAGUCACACGUUGGAGCUGGUGGCACUUGACGGUGAGGUCCUGCGAGACCCGCUGCAGUGUCCAGAUCACCUCUCCCCCGGCGUGUCUUCUCUGUGUGAUGAUGAUCCCGCGGGUUCCACCAAGCCCUUGAGCAGCAACUUGAGGCGGCUGCUAGAGGCCGGCUCCCUCAAACUCGAUGCCACGGCCACGGCCAACGGCAGGGUGGAGUCCCCCGUCAACGUCGGCUCGAAUCUCUCCUUUUCCCCACCGUCCCACCAUGCCCAGCAGCUCAGCGUGCUGGCCAGGAAGUUGGCUGAGAAGCAGGAACAGAAUGACCAAUACACUCCAAGUAACCGUUUCAUAUGGAAUCAAGGUAAGUGGUUGCCAAACUCAACCACCACCUGCGGCUUGUCCCCGGAUUCAGCCAUCCUCAAACUGAAAGCUGCAGCCAAUGCUGUUCUGCAGGACAAAUCGCUGACCAGGACGGAGGAGACCAUGCGAUUUGAGUCCUUUUCCUCCCCUUUCAGCUCCCAGUCUGCCAGCUCCACCUUGGCAGCUUUAUCCAAGAAAGUCAGCGAGAGAAGCUUGACUCCUGGCCAGGAACACGCGCCCCCGGCCAGCUCUUUCCUUUCCCUGGCUUCCAUGACCUCCUCGGCGGCCCUUCUGAAAGAGGUCGCAGCAAGGGCUGCUGGGACCCUUCUGGCUGAGAAAUCAUCACUGGUGCCUGAGGACCCUCUCCCGCCACCGCCUUCAGAGAAGAAACAAGACAAAGUGACCCCGCCGCCACCUCCGCCACAAUCCUUGGAAUUAUUGUUACUCCCAGUUCCUAAGGGAAGAGUGUCUAAACCCUCCAACUCAGCCUCCGAAGAGGAAAGCGGAAAGCCUUUCCAGUGCCCCAUAUGUGGUUUGGUUAUAAAAAGGAAGAGUUACUGGAAGCGGCACAUGGUGAUUCACACAGGUUUAAAGAGUCAUCAGUGUCCGCUCUGUCCAUUCCGGUGCGCUCGCAAGGACAAUCUCAAAUCCCACAUGAAGGUUCAUCAGCACCAGGACCGGGGAGAGACCUUUCAGUGCCAGCUCUGCCCUUUCACUUCCUCCCGUCACUUCAGCCUGAAACUCCACAUGCGUUGCCAUCAGCACUUCCUGAGGACAGAAGCCAAGGUGAAGGAGGAGAUCCCAGACCCCGAUGUCAAGGGAUCUCCCCACCUCAGUGACAGUGCCUGCCUGGGGCAGCAAAGGGAAGGAGGAGGGACAGAGCUAGUGGGGGCCAUGAUGAAGUCCAGCACUCCAGAGAGGACUAGCCAGGGUGGGGCUGGCGUCUCGCCUUUGCUGGUGAAGGAGGAGCCCAAGGAAGAUAAUGGCCUGCCAACCUCCUUUACUCUGAAUGCUACCGACAGGCCAGCCAACCACACGAAGCUGAGAGAGCCCUCCGAGUAUGCAGCCAACAGUGCAUCCGCAUUGUUCAGCCAGGACAUCUCUGUUAAGAUGGCGUCUGAUUUUCUCAUGAAGCUGUCAGCUGCAAAUCAGAAGGAGCCCAUGAAUCUUAAUUUUAAAGUCAAAGAGGAGCCUAAGGAAGAGGAGGCUCUAAGUGCCACGCUGCCUCGGUCCAACUAUGUGUUCAGCCCCGAGUCUGAAGUGCCAGCCCCAAGCAUCUCUGAGGACACACUUAAGCCCCAGGAAGCAAAGGGCAACGUACUAAGGCGGGAUAUGUCAGUCAAAGCAGCAUCUGAACUUCUCAUGAAACUAUCAGCGGAAAGCUACAAAGGCACUCAGAUGGUGAAGAUUAAAGAGGAACCCAUGGAGGUGGACAUCCAGGACUCGCAGGCCUCAAUAUCACCCAGCCGCAGUGUUGGCUGUAGCACUUUAAUUGGGCGAGAGAAAACUGAACCCUUACAGAAGAUGCCAGAAGGCAGAGUGCCCCCAGAGAGAAACCUCUUCAGUCAGGACAUCUCUGUGAAGAUGGCUUCCGAGCUUCUUUUUCAACUGUCAGAGAAGGUGAGCAAAGAACACACUCACACAAAAGAAAACACCCUCCGGACGACCGCCAGCCCUUUCUUUUCAGAAGAUACAUUUAGACAAUCACCAUUCACCUCCAAUUCAAAAGAUCUGCUGGCCAGUGAAUCUGUGCUUCACGGAAGAAUAUCAGCUCCAGAAACAGAAAAGAUAGUCCUCGAGGCAGGAAAUGGGUUGCCCUCUUGGAAAUUCAACGACCAGCUUUUUCCCUGUGACGUGUGUGGGAAAGUAUUUGGCCGACAGCAGACAUUGUCCCGACAUCUGUCUCUGCACACAGAGGAAAGAAAAUACAAAUGCCACUUGUGCCCCUAUGCUGCUAAGUGCCGUGCAAACCUGAACCAGCACCUGACCGUCCAUUCGGUGAAGCUGGUGAGUACGGACACCGAGGACAUCGUCAGCGCCGUCACCUCUGAAGGCAGUGAUGGAAAGAAGCACCCUUAUUAUUACAGCUGUCACGUGUGCGGAUUUGAGACGGAGCUGAACGUCCAGUUUGUCAGCCACAUGUCACUCCACGUGGACAAGGAGCAGUGGAUGUUUUCCAUCUGCUGUACGGCCUGCGACUUCGUCACCAUGGAGGAGACGGAGAUAAAGGCACACAUCGGCACCAAGCACACAGGGGAAGACAGAAAGACCCCCAGUGAAUCAAACAGCCCCUCUUCAUCCUCCCUCUCAGCUCUGAGUGAUUCAGCCAACAGCAAAGACGACUCAGACAGCUCCCAGAAAAACAAGAGCGGAAACAACCUGCUGGUCAUCUCUGUCGUUCCUGGGAGCCAGCCCUCACUGAAUAGUGAGGAAAAGCCAGAGAAAGGGUUCGAAUGCGUGUUUUGCAACUUUGUCUGCAAGACGAAGAACAUGUUUGAGCGCCAUCUGCAGAUCCACCUCAUCACCCGGAUGUUUGAGUGUGACGUGUGCCACAAGUUCAUGAAGACCCCCGAACAGCUGCUGGAGCAUAAGAAAUGCCACACUGUCCCCACCGGUGGGCUCAAGUGCCCGUUCUGCAUUUAUUCCACCAACCGCCCCGCCGCUAUGGAGUGCCACCUCAAGACCCACUACAAGAUGGAGUACAAGUGCCGGAUCUGCCAGACGGUGAAGGCCAACCAGCUGGAGCUGGAGACGCACACCCGCGAGCAUCGCCUCGGCAACCACUACAAGUGCGACCAGUGCGGCUACCUGUCCAAGACCGCCAACAAGCUCAUCGAGCACGUGCGCGUGCACACCGGGGAGCGGCCCUUCCACUGUGACCAGUGCGGCUACAGCUGCAAACGCAAGGACAAUCUCAACCUGCACAAGAAGCUGAAGCACGCCCCGCGCCAGACCUUCAGCUGCGAAGAGUGCCUGUUCAAGACCACUCACCCCUUCGUCUUCAGCCGCCACGUCAAGAAGCACCAGAGCGCGGACAGCCCCGAGGAGGACAGGAAAGGCCCGGCUCCGGCCCCCAAGGAAGCCGCCGGCCCCGGGGCCCCGCUCCUCGUGGUGGGGAGCGCCCGCCACCUCCUGUCUCCCCUGUCGGUCAUGUCCGCCUCCCAGGCUCUGCAGACCGUGGCCCUGUCGGCCGCCCACGGCGGCGGCGGCGGCGGCGGCGGCGGCGGCGGCUCCGAGCCCAACCUGGCACUCAAGGCCUUGCCCUUGAAUGGCUCCCCUUUGCGCUUUGACAAGUACCGGAACUCGGAUUUCGCCCAUCUCAUUCCCUUGACGAUGUUAUACCCCAAGAACCAGUUGGAGCUCACAUUCCACCCUCCCCGACCUCAGACUGCGCCGCCCAGCAUCCCGUCCCCCAAACACUCCUUCCUCGCCUAUCUCGGACUGAGAGAGAGAGCCGAGACUGUCUGAGGGCAGCUGGGCUCUGUACCAAAAACCAAGAGACAGAGACAAAAACACAAAACUCACAAAACUUAAACACAACCCCAGCAGGUGUACGUUGCUGCAAAACCUACAGACCCGCCCGGGUCUGACCACGUGUACUGUAUAUCUUUAGUGAGGAAUAGAGAAUUGGCUCUGUGUGUAUACCUAUUGCAUUGACCUGAAAGCUGCUUUAUCCAAUCUUCAGAGAGGUGACCUACUGCAUCCGUCUACCUUCAGAGGCAUGCCUCCCCAGCCACGCCCCCCCCCACCCUCAGCCCUUCUUCGUACUUUGAAAGGAAACUCGUCUCGUUAAACCCUAAAGAGAGUGUCCUUAAUAGCAGUCAGCACUUGUAAGCUUCUGUACCGGUGCAUUUUGUUUUCUGUUGGGUGAAUGGGGCACGUGGGCGUUUGUGGAUUUGGAAAGAGACGGCCGUGUGUCGUGUGCCAUAACAUCUGCACAUUCUUCGUACUGGCUUCUUUCACAGGGAUGAACGUUCUUUGCCCUCCUGGGUGGUUCAUCCACUACAGUCGCUCCCUGAGCUCCUUCAUUACCUUUCCCUCUCUAUUUUGUGGCUACAGAGUGGUAGGGCCUGGUGCUUAGGCGAUGAAGGAAUGGUAGACAUCUCAGUGCUGCCUGAGAUUUCGGACAGAGUCCUGGAGACCUUGUGCUUUUGCAUCUCUGGGUAUGAAGAUGCGAGCAGUCGGGAGCCCGGUCUGGAAGAAAUAGCUUGGAGCACUGCAGCCAACAUCACAAAACUUAAGUGUGUUUUGUGUGUGUGUCCAUACUUCUGCAGUGUGUAUGGUACACACACACACACACACAGUGCAUCAUUUUUUUAAGGGCAGAUUAUAUAUAUAUAUGUAUGUGAUGUAUUAAGUCAGUGGUUACCAUUUGUUUGCAGGAAACGAAAAAUUGUACGAGUGAAAAAUUUUAUGGUUGAUAAAUCCAGCCAAGGAGAUUAAAAGGGGUUUGGAUAAAUUCUGGGUAUAAAUGCUCAGACUAAAAAAGAAAUGGCAGUUUUGCACAGUGCUUUUGGUCUUGCACUAGUUUUUGUUUCUCAUCUGCAAAAAAGAAAAGUAAAAUAAAAGGAAGAAAAUGUACCUUUUUUAUGGAAAGAGUAGACUGUAUGUUUGAAACUUUUGUCAUAACCUCUUUGACAUAUAACGACCCAACAAAAAAGGUGCUGUUUUGUCCUACCGUUCAGUUUAUGCCCCUGAGACGUUUCCAUUGUGUUUGCAGAUCGUCAGGCUUAUAGCGGUAUUCUCCAUGUUAUUAAUAAUUCUGUAUUCCAUUUUGUUAACACCUGGUAGAUAUAACCUGCUAGGAAGCUAACUUUAUACUUAUUUAAAGCUCUUAUUUUGUGGUCAUUAAAAUGGCAACUUAUGUGCAGCACUUUAUUGCAGCAAGAAGCAGAUAUGGAUUGGUUGUACAGCCCUUUGCUAUUCUUAAAAAGUAA